AAGAGCGCGGUCGUUAAGUGCUGAACAACAGCGGCGCAGUUCGGAGCUUCACAGCGCGAAAAACACGAAUUUAAACAUCUUUUUUAUGUAGAAAUACAGAUUUAACACUGCUGGGGGUUUAUAAAACCAGAAGACAGCUGUAUCCGGUGAUGUUCAGCUGAGGCUGGAAUGACCACGUCACAGAGACCUCAGAGCUCCAGGCCUAAAGCUGGACACUCGGAUAUGGAGUUCCAGACCCCGGCUGUGUCGGAGAAGUUCCAGAGCCGCUUUGGCUGGAGGCCCAACAGAGCUGAUAGUGCGGACACCGGGCUGGGCACCACGACCUCUGACAGCGCAGAAGAGUUGUGCAGCUCCAGCAGCAGUCCGUCUUUCCAGCCAAUCCGGAGUCAGAUUCCCAUCCCCACGGCUCAUGUCAUGCCGUCCACGGCCGGAGUCCCGGCCGCCUCGGCCCGCUCCAGCUCGUCCAGCUCCAAAUCCUCCCUGUCCAAAUCCGCAUCGUCCCCCAACCUGGAGGCGCAGGGUGGGGUCACGGCAGAGGGGGGUGGAGUUAAACAGGACUGCCUGAGCCGCUACCGCAGCCUCGUCAACGGACUCGAUCACUCGCUCUUCCCCAUGGCCGAUCACACACGGCUGGACGAGGAGCACCACUUCGAGACCCCCGCCAUGGAGCCCACUCUGAACCAGUCCAGCCUGCUUGGAGGUCUGCUGGGAGGAUACAGCCCAGACGUGCGGAUGCAGCUGCACAUGACCGGCCUCGGGGACGGCGCUGAAUGUCGGACUGAUGGAUACUCCGGCGUUUUAGAACAGACUUUUAAGAUUCUUCCUGAAGCCAGAACGGGAAUCCCCUGCUCUUCGGACCCCUGCGGUAAAAGGAGCGUCCCCCCGGUCCCUGUAGAUCCGUCAGGCUGGCAGCAGCACAAACAGAAACUGGAGAGUCUUCGUCUGCAGGUGGAGCAGAUGCAGUUAAUGACCGGCGGGAGCGGUCAGUACCCCUCUCUGUACCCAUCAGCUCUACAGGCUGAGAGUAAAUGGGAGGCCGUGGUGAAGGCAAACGAGAAUCUGCUUAAGGAGAAGGAGCUCAUCAUCGAGAGGCAGAAGCAGCAGCUGUGUCAGCUGGAGCAGCGUCUCAGAGAGAGCGAGGUACAGAUUCACUCGGCUCUGAUGGGCCGUGGAGCUCCGUUUACCGACAUCUGUAUGUUACGGCUGCAGGAGGCUCAGCGGGAGAACGCUUUUCUGCGCUCUCAGUUUGCGGAGUGCAGCGACUCGCUGGCUCAGGAGAAGGUGGAGGCGGAGCGGCGUUUGGCUGCCGUGGAAACAGAAACCCACCGACUGAGCGAAGUGCUGAAGGAGAGCAAGGAGAAGCACACAGAGGAGCUGAAGAAGCAGGAGGAGAGGAUCCGAAAUCGAGACAAGCACAUCAACAGCCUGAAGAAGAAGUGUCAGAAGGAGUGCGAGCAGAACCGUGAGAAACAGCAGCGCAUCGAGACCCUCGAGCGAUACCUGGCUGACCUGCCCACCAUGGAGGACUACCAGAGCCAGAGGAAGCAGCUGGAAGCUGCGGAGCAGAAGGUGGGUGAGCUGCAGGCUGCAGUGUUGGAGCUGCAGACCCAGCUGGAGGAGAGCCGGUCAGCCAGUCGCAGCAAAGACAGCCAGCUGGAGGAGCAGAGACGCAGAGAGAGAGAGCUGCUCAACACCGUCACCAGUCUCCAGGCUAGAGUGCAGGAGAGCCUGGAAGAUGGCGCGAGGUUACCGUCUCUGGACAUCGAGAAGCUCCGAGAGGAGAAUGUGGCCCUGAAGGAGGAGCAGCAGAAACUCAAAAAGGUUAUUGAGAAGCAGUUGAGGAUGAUGGAACAGCUGGGCUCACAGAUCAGGAACAUGCAGCAGCACCUGAGUGAGGAGGAGAGCAGCGGUCAGGCUCUGAGAGACGAGCUGGACGCUAAAGAGAAGGAGCUGCUGCAGUUACACUCCGCAGUGAAGGAGCUCUCUGUACAGAAUCAGGAUCUGAUGGAGCAGACUGUGACUCUGCGGGAGCGGCUGCAGGCCACUGCAGGGUCCGGUGAUGGAUGUGUCCGAUGGGAGGCCGACUGCGGCCUGCAGCCAGCGGGGGUCCAGCUCACCCAGCAGCUCUAUGGAGAGAUGGAGGCCUGUCUGAGUGACCUCCGCUCCCUCUGCAGCGUCCUCACCCACACCGCACAGGGCAAAGACCCCAACCUGUCCAUGCUGCUGGGCAUCAGCUCGCCGCCUGCAGUGUCGGAGCAGAGCGAGGACUGGCUCAGCCCUGCAGUUCUGCAGAGGAAACUGCAGGAGGCGCUGCAGCUCCGCCGAGACGUGGAGGCACUGAGGACCACCGUCUCUGACCGCUACGCCCAGGACAUGGGCGACAACUGCACCACCCAGUGACCCUCAACCAGAGGAACCAGAGGAACCACCAGAGCAUGUUCAGUCCAUGGUUGUUCCUCUGAACGGACCUUUAAGGCUCCACAGCUUUGUGCCUUCAUUCAGAACCACCAGGAACGCAGAGCAGGUUCAGUCCACGCUGUUUCCUCUCGAAGGGCUAGCAGUGCUAACACUGAGGCUAACGCUAACGACACUACAUUGGCUUAUUUUUAUAUAAAGGUCGUAAUAUCGCUAUUUUUCUAACUUCUCCAUCCGACUGACGUUUGUUUUCGUGGUGCUGUGUUGCUGUUUAACGUGAUCAUUCCCGUGUGUUGGGGAGCGAAUGUGAUGUGGUUGACAAUCAACUGAAAAUAAUUUCUAAUCCUUCUUUGUUUAGCUUUUCGUGAUGCGAGGAACGUUAGCUUUACGUCUUUUGCCCGUCAUCUCAGAUUAACAUGAGCUGGAGGGCGAACACUACCUGCCGUUAUCUCACCUGCGCUGAGGAGAAACGUGGUUGUGCCUUUUGUGCUAAACCAACACGCAUUAAAGUCCACAGACACGCCUGCACCUUUAAUAUCAGCUAGAACAACUUCAUUAACGACGCGUGGCGUCAAAUAAAGUAACUUUUUUUGUUUUUAAUCAGAACAUUCCAUCAUAUUUAACAUACAUAGACAUCGAAUGUGUGAUUUUAAACCUUCAUAAUUACAGAGCUCUAAGGUGACAUGGUUUUUUUUAAUAA